AAAAUUUAAAACGUCCAAGUAAAAGCGCUUUCUCUGUGUCUAGGGUUUUAGAAGGGGCAGCGAAAUGGGGAAGCAAGAGAGAGUGGACGACUACAAAUUUCUUCCAAUAGCAGACGCUCUUAUUGCAAUUAAUCAGAAGGUUAAUCUCAUCGCCGUUGUUGUCGACUCCACCAUUCCCAAGAAAUCCAAAGGCACCGAUUACUAUUGUUCACUAAAUAUCAUUGAUAAAUCAUGUCCAAGUCCAGGGAUUGCUGUUAAGUUUUUUGUUGAAAAUAUGGGUAAUCUCCCCCAAGUUGAGUGCAAUGGUGAUAUCAUUUUGCUUUCAAAUAUUUUGAUGAAAACCCACAAUUCAGAGGUGUAUGCUCUUUUUAACAAGAGAAGUGCAUCAUUUGCUUUGUAUGAAGGCAAAGGAGGUUCAAAAUUUGUUCCGUAUCAAGUUUCAUCUAAAUUUCGUGGCAGAGAGCAGGACAAGAAGUUCAUAGCAGGGUUAAGACAGUGGUUAGGUGAUAGCCAGCUUGAUUCAGGGGAAGAUGAUUUGUUGUCACUGAAAGAUAUUCGGGAGAACGAACACCUGAACCUGGUAUGCAAGGUUCUUCAUAUAUGUGAGGUCACAAAAGAUGAGCGUAUUCUCUUUGUUUGGGAUGGAACUGAUACUCCAGUUGCCAAACAAAAGAACUUCAGGCAAGAAGAUAAUGUAGAAGAUCUGCUUCCAUUACAGUUGGAAUGCCCUCCUCUACAGCUAGAUGUAAUACGCAUGUUCCCAACUGUUGGCACUGUCUUACGAGUCUAUAUUGAUAGCGGCAGUGAGGAGCUUGGGCUUCACAUACUAAAGACUGGCAGAUGGGUCCAAUUUAUGAAAAUGAAGUGUGAAAUUCGUAAAGGAAUGUGGUGUGGUGUGCUGAUGCCCUUCACUAAAAUCCGCUAUUUGGUUGAUGAUAACAAACAUGUGUUCAUGUGCCAAAGAGAUUAUGAUGAGCGGUUAAAAUUAGAAUUUGGACGCAUGCCGUGGAUGAGCUUUCCGUGGCCUUCUCAUAUAACAGAAACCGACUAUCCCAACGUUUCCUUUUGUACUCUGAUGGAUGUUCUGACCUAUCCAGAGGUGACUGCUAAAUUCAAGUGUGUAGUUCAGGUAAUAGAUGUGUAUCCAUGGCGGGUUGAAGACUUCCACUCUCCUCUUGGGACUUGCAGAAUUAGGCUGACCCUAGAGGAUCCAACUGCAAGAAUCCAUGCGUAUGUGUAUGCUGAAGAUGGGGUUCAUUUCUUUGGAGGUUCUCAACCGAUUGAUGUCCUGAAGAGGAAGAGGAAUAUGCUGCUUGGUAUCUGUAGUUGUGAUAGUAAUGAGUCAAAGAAUGCUCUAAGAGACACCCCCUGGGUUCAGUGUUGCAUAAAAUCUUAUUACCUCGACAAACACAACACAUGGGGAAGUCGACGCUACCGGAUCUUUGGCACGAGACUGAAGUAUCUCGCCUGGAGUCUUGUAACUCUGUUGAGUGUUGACAAUACUGCAGUGGAAUCCUCCCCCUGUAAAUUUGGUGAAGUUCAAUAGCGAUGUUGCUUUAAAACGAGCCGUUGGGGCUAUCAGGGUUAUCGGUAGAAAUUUUGAUGAAAAGCUUGUAGAUGGUAGAGGUUUUUGUGUUUCAGCCACCUCUUCUUUACGAUCUGAGCUGAUUGUUAUUCGUAAAACUUGUUUAAUCAUAAGGCAACAUCAUCUUUUAAUGCCUUCAUUGAAUCAAAUUGCAAAACAAUUAUUAGUUUCUGUUUUA